CAAAUUUAAAAGUUUAGUUUUUUAAACGGUUUUAAUUUAAUGUCAAAUAUAUAUACAGAAUUUUAUCAAAAUGUCCUCAGUCGUAAUGGAAGUUUUAAAAAAAGUACAAAUUACUAAAGCCUCGUAUCAAAAACAAUUAAAAAUUUUGAAACAAGAGUAUGAUAGGGGCUCAGUAGAACACUUUUUUGUACAUAUACGAAACUUUUUAAAGUUUAUAUUUAUAUCAAAUACGAAUGUUUAUGUGGAAAAAGUGCUAGAAUUUUUGGCAUACUUUAUUGCAGAAGUAACACCUGAUGAUACAAUGGAAGAUGAUUUCAGUGAAACUGGUCUUCAUCCACUUUUAACUAUGACAAUUAAAGAAACUCUAAAGUAUCACAGAUUGGUCAAUGAAUGCCUUAGAUGUAAUUCAUGUCUAUUUAUUAGACUUAUUUUGGCACAGAUUGGUCCCAACAAAAACUUAGAUAAUGAAAUAUGUGAUCUAAUUGAGGAGGCUAUGUUAGAAAGAACUUUGGAUCCAAAACCUGCAGUUCGUUAUCAAGCAGUACGGGCUUUGAUUAGAUUGCAAGAUCCAAUGAAUGCAGACUCUCCAGUGAAUAAAGCUUAUUUGUCACUCAUUGUUGAUGCUAGUGCCCUGAUUAGAGCUGAAGUAGUGAAAAAUAUUGCUCCCUAUAAUAUAUCCAUACCUCAAAUAGUAAAUCGUUUAAGAGAUAUUGAUCCUAACGUUCGUAUUGCUGCUGUAAGGAAAUGUGCUGAUCUUAGUCCAAAAUCUUUUAAGAUACUUGAGAGGCAACAUAUAUUAACAUGUGGGAUAACAGAAAAUAAUCCAAAAGUGAAAAAUGUAUUUAUCGAGAAUUUAUUACCAAAAUGGUUAAAUGCAUACCAAAAUAAUUAUAUAUUAUUUCUUAAUGCAUUAAAGUUGGAUGCUGACGAAAAUGAUAUUACUAAUACUGAAAAAAUAACCAAGGACCUUUUUUCAUUGUGGCUGAGAUCCACGCCAGUUACUGAAAUUAUUUCUGUACUGCCACUUGACGAAGUAACAAAAGUCAUUUCCUUGAAUAAACUUACCAGUGAAGCUGUUGCAGUGUGGUACAAUUUGGUAAUGUACUUAAGGGACGAUGGAAGUAAAGAAGAAUAUUUAGAUGAUAUACUUCCUGAUCUUACUCCAUUCUGUAAUUAUGUUGAAAGUAUCAUAAAUGAAAAAUCAAAACACAAAAUGGAAGAUUGGGAGUAUUUAGACUACCAGUAUAUUUUGAAUAGUUUAUUUGGAAUUGCUGCUGGCUAUGACCUUGCAGAUGAAGUUGGCAGAAAAACUUUAAAUCAGUUAACGCUAACAUUAUUGCGGGAAGAAAAUUUAUUAUUGAACCUCAAAAAAAAACUGGUAACGUUAUGUGCACAAUCAGCUCAAAAGACUGAAGAUAUCACGAACAUAAUGUGCCACGUAAUAUCUGAUAUUCAAGCACCACUUACAGAAGUGCAAGUUGAACAAAACCCUGUAGAACAGACAAAUAAGGAAUGUCAAAAGGCUCAAAUAAAAAUAAAAAUUAUCAGACUUGAAGCGGAAUUGGAAGAUGCGACAGAGAAUCAGGAAUAUUUAAAAGCGGAAACUUUAAAGAAUUCGAUUAGCGAGUUAAAACGUGAAUUGCAGGAGUUGGCAACAUCAACUAUUGAAAUGGUUAAAGUGACGAAGGAUGAUCACAAAACUGUUUGUGAAUGCUUAGAUUUACUGAUUUCACUGCUAGCUCUACCACAUGUUACAACAAUGACACCAUCGUUGGUAGCUGUUAAAGACGAAUUCGUAAUUCCGUUGUUGAGUCGUGAUGACAUUGAUGACGAAAUCAAUUGGAGAGUGCUUAAAUGUAUUGCGAUGUUCUGCAUCUUGGAUGAGAGUAUGGCUCGGGAGUAUGUUACAAAAUUGUGUAUACCUUUUAUUACAUACAGACAAAUUCCAAAUUAUAACAAACAAGCAUUGAUGAUAUCCAUAAAGGCAAUCACUGAUAUAUUUAGAGUAUAUGGAUACAACAUUUUUGGAAGCAAGGAUAGCACUAUGGUUAGCAGUAAUGGUAACAGGUCCAACUUGUCAUUAACUACAAGUUUUAACAAAAGGAGAUUAUAUGGAAUCGACCAAUCAGAGGAUAGUGUCAUAUUAGUCAACAAUUGGGAGACUAUAGUCGAAGUUAUUUUAAAUAUGUUGGAUGAUGAGAUCUCUGAAAUUCGGAAUGUUGCAAUAGAAGCCAUAUCGAAACUGAUUCUCAAUGAAUUUCCAGUUUCUGCAACCAUAAUUUCAAGAUUAAUCCUGAAAUGGUACAACCCUAUGGCAGCCCAGGUACCUGACAAAUCACAGCAACUCAUAGGAGUGGUUUUGAGUAACUAUGUCAAAAAAAUUGAAGGUGCCAAAGAAGUGAUAGCCAAUGCAAUUAUUCCUACAUUACAAAGUAUAGUCAGUGCUCCAACAACUAGUCCCUUAGCUGCUGUAGACGUUGACAACCUGCUGCUGUUUCUUUCUAAUAUAAUUGAUGCAGAUGAUAGAAAGGACCUUAUAAAUAUUCAUAUAAAUAUGGCCCACAUGUUUACCCACGAAAUACUAAAGAAAAAGAAUGAUUUCGUUGCUAUUUAUCUCUCCAAACUACUACUCUAUUUGGAUAUAUCGACAGACAAUGUUGCUGCUAUAAAGGAAUUGAAGACUCAAGUACAAAAAGUCUUGGAUGUCGAAAGUUUGUCAGAGAAAACACUAAAGAGAAACUUAUUAAAAUUUCAUGAAAAACUAAACGUUUCUUUAGAGAAACUCAAUUCAAUAGCUGAGACUAAUUUGGAAACAACAGAGGUUUCCAAUAUGAUUAAUUCAAAUGAACACAAUAGUCAAAACGAAGCUUGCGAUCAAACAACAUCCUCAGAAAGUCAGCAAUUGUCUCAUGUAACAAAUUCCACACGUCACAAUACAAAUUUGUCUUCGAUACAGGAAGAAAAUGAAGAUGAUCAAAAUGAAGAAGCAAUUGAAAACGACGUACCGAACACUGACGGUGUAGACAAAACGAAAUCUACUGACGAUGAAGAAGUCGUUGAGCCGGAUAAAAAUUUGACAAAUAAUAGUGCAGGAAGUGAAAAAGAGAGAGACAAGACAAAGAAAAAUACAGAAGAACUAAACUCCGAGGAGAGAUCAGCUGUGGAAUCUUCAAACGAUAGGAAUAAAACUUCUGAACAAGAUGACGAAAACCAUGUUAGAACUCCGAAAAGUAUAUCACAAGAGAAAAGAAAAAGAACGAACGAUGCUAUUGAAGAGACAAAUUCAGAUACGGACAACAAUAAUAAAUUUUCAAAACGAAGAAAAAAAGAAAGAAAUGAAGGUACCCAUUCUGGAACUGGCGAUAAGGGAACUCCGGAUUUAAGUGAAGAUGAGCAGGAACAUUCAGAUAAGAGCAAGAAUCAAGAGAUCAUUGUGAAUAUUACUCCUGGCAGUAUAAUCAGUACCCGGACGUUGCAGAUAAGACGGAAUUUACGUAACAACAAAUCUCCCCUUUUCAUUCAAAGUUCUUCGAGGAAUGAAAAUAAUAGUGAAAUCAACAAACCUCGAAAGCGAAAUGCUCCACAAAAACCAUCGAAAACAAACAUUGUUGGGGUAUCUAAAGGUCCAAUGAAUCAGCAAGUUAUAGUGAGAGCAGUUUCCUAUUCAAGUUUCACCCAUAACGAAUACCGCUACACUUUUGUAGCCGGUGAGACCCCUUGAACUACAUCUAUUGGUUAUUUGAUUUCAAGAUUGUUUCAACCAAUUUAUCUACCCUUUUAAGAUGUUUUCAACAUUUCUUUUUUUUUUUUUCAUUUUCAUUCUUUUGUUCUGAUUCAGAAUUCAAUUUUGUACUAAUUGGCGAUACUACAUAUAUAAAAAAUAUUAUGCAAUCAAAGAAAAACAAUAUUUGGACAAAUACAUUAUAUUUACCAACACAAAGUCUUACAAUACAAAAAAAAAAGAAAACAAAAAACAUACACUUUAAACUUAUAACAAUAAAAAACAUUUAGUUAUACGAUUUUUUUGCAUUUCAUUUUUUUAAAUUCUCCGAUGGAAUAUUAGACAGUGCACCUUCAUGACUAAAAACACCAACUGAAAAUUGGUCAUCUUUCAAAACCAAAUCAUACAAUAAAAAACAGAUGUUGCACUGAAAUAUGACCAAGCCUCCAGCUUUUUUUAAAUAUAUCUAUAUAAUAUAAACACUAACUAAAAACUGCUCUAAUAUUCCAUCCGAAAAGAGAAAGGCCUUAAUUAUUUUUUUGUUUUUCUAAUCUAGAAUCCUACCUAAUAUUUCUUAAUUCUAUGACUUACCUAACUUUUUAAAUCUAGAAACUAUUCUACACGCUAGAAGCUACCCUUAACUAAAUGCUUUCUAGCAUACUUUUUACAAAUUGGAAGUUACUUCCAACGAUGACCAGCUUUCAGAGAUUAAAAAAUUAGUAGAUCUGAAACGACAUUUCCCACUGUAUUUAACAUACAAUUUGAGAAUUUCACUUCCAAAAUUUGAUCGACAAGAAAAGUUUUCUACAAUGUGUUUAAACCUUUCGUAAUAACAACAAUAAAGUCAGACAUAUUAUAAGUAUAGCGAUUUCAUUAAGAAAAAUAUACUAUAUAGUUUCUAUUGCAAAAAAGUAAUUUCACGGUAUUUGAUAUGGAAAUCUUUUUCUUGUCCUCUGUUUACACAUUUUGGUGCUUUUAGAUCUCAAAAUUUAUUCAAAUACAGUUAAAAACGAGACUGCCAUUUAUCCAAAAAACUAAUUUUUACAGCUCAACUCUGAAAACUGUCGGUAAGAUGACUUAUUUAUAAAUAGGUAGUCGCUGAUCGAAUCUUCGAUAUUAGGUACUAAAAAUAAUAUACCAUCGAAUACGGUAUCUUGUGUAUGAAAAUAAAACUGAUUCUUUUAAUCAGUUGUGUUAGUGUAAACCUUCACAAAUAAACGUCAAUACUCAAUGCAAUAUUUGGCUUUAGCUGUUUCACUAAACUUUGUUUCAUAUUAUAUCUAGAAAAAUGUCAAAUUAUGCUUUUAUCAUGUUAUUGACAGUGUGAAGUUUAUCUCUGUAAACCAUAAGUUCAAAAAUAGUUUAAAAUAUUGUUCAAAUACAUGUAUAGCUAAGGCAAGUUGUUCUAGUAUUAAUAAAUGUAAACACUUUGUAUAUAUUUUAGUUGUACUAACGUAGACACCAAAUAUUGUCAUUAUAAAGUCUAUAUUUUUGCAAAGCUUGUUAAUGAUCUAGAAAAUUCUGUUGUCUUAAUAGAUUUUGUUUAAAGUAAUAUAUUAUUAAAUUAGAUUACUUUAGUAAAAUUAAUUAAAAUAAAGCCGGUUUUAUUUUAUAUUUAUUUAUUUCCUACAUUACCAAAAGUAUCCUGACAAUUAUAUGAUGAUUUCGUUUUUUAGUCCGAUCUAGUCGAUCAUAUUCUUUAAAACGUUUUAGGUAUCUUCCAGGUCUCUGUCUCUUAUUUCUUCAUAUGUACCACAUAUAUAAGUUCUUCUGGGUUGUCCUUGCCUUAACUGCAAUACCUCAAUGGUCGACAGAGUCAGACUAGUAUAUUAAAAAGACCCAAGCUGGAAUACUUGAGUCACAUUAUGAAGUACCUUGAAAAUAUAAACUUUGGCAUCUCAUCAUACAGUGAAAGAUCUAAGGCAAAGGUGGUCUUGGAAGAAGGAGAACUUCAUGACUUAAAAACUUAAUAAAGCAAUCAUAGCGAAUAUGGUAGUCAACAUAUUACCCAACGAUCGAUAACGGUCAUGAAACGUCAGUCACGCUUCGGUAGUUAUCAAAUUUGUGUUUAUCACCUUUUUUAUUUCAAUUAACCGCAUGAAGGUUAAAGCAGGACAAUUAAUUGUGUGUUGAGUAAAUGCCUUGUUACCAAUCCUCUUCAUUCAGUUACAAUGAGUUGCUUAUGCACGAACGGCCUUUGUAAUUAGGGUUGAGUGUCGAUCUGAAAUGAGAUUUGUUUGUUUACACUACUUUAAUAUAUUGCUGUCAAGUAUACGAGUUACUAGUUGUUCCAUAUUUUAUUAAUUCUCUACGCAUUGAAAUGCUAGUACAGAUUCUUCUUCUUUAAGUACAGUGCAUAAAAUAAGGCUUGGGUAGCGUGGGUAUCGGCUCCCUUUCAUUAUAUGUACCAAAUAUUCAAGUUUUCUUUUUUUAUCACUUCGCCAAGACCUAUCCUAUUUAAGACUAUGUUUGAGAUGCGUUGAACCCAUGAUAUUUUGAGCAUUCUACGAUAUGACCACAUCUCGAAUGUUUCUAAUUUGUUCACCGUAUUAACCUUCACGAUCCAGGUUUCCUUAGUACGGAUUAGUUUGUAAUACUUUUAAUGUUUAUUAAUAUUAUUGAUGCUACUAUUGCAUGAUUGGAGACACACGCUAUUUGGAUUGGAGAAUGGAUCUAGUAUGUUUCAAAUAAGGCCACAAAAUUGUUUAUUUUAAAUCGUUUUCACCAUUUUAAAUAUUUUAAGUUGGAAAUUUUCCGGCAAGCACUUUUUUAUGAAAAUGCUGUCUCAUGCUAAUGUUGCAACUAAUUAUAUGAUUGAUCGCUUGUAAAUGUUUGGAGUGGCUAUAAGAUUAGAGGAACUUAAGACGACUAGGUUUGUAUAUCGCAUCACUUAAAUUCUAACAUUUCCAUUAAAUGUGGCAAUAAGUAUACGAUUAUAUAAACCCAGAUCCAUCAAUAAGAGAAUGGUAAGUAAUCUUCGAAAUUGUAACUCACCCCAAGUCCAGUUUUUUUCUACAUACACAUGUAUUUUUAAAUUUUAUAAUUUUUUAACGUUCAAAAUGAACGCCAACUUACAAUCUAACAAAAAUUUAAUGGACAAAUCCAAAAUUACAAGAAACUCUAACCAAAUAUGCCGGACGAUUUUUUUCAAAUUCCUAAGACAUUUCAUACGAAACAAAGCUUAGUGUUUAUAUAUUUUUAUCGCGGCUCUUUGUAAACAAGAGUCCAUAGUCUCCUAGAACAUGUAGCUAUGUUACAUACAAAAACUUUGGAUGGAGGGUGUUAAGAGACACUCUCUGCAAUAGCAGUAGUUAUAAUGUGCCUUUUUUUUAUUCUACCCUGACCUCCACUUCGUACAUCUCUCAUCGACAUUAAUAUCUACACGAAUUUCAAGAAAUAAAUACGUUAUUUCUGUAAUUUUCUAGAAACAGGUGGGUUUUGUUGUUAUCUCUCUAUUUGUUGCUUCUACAAUUUCUCGGUACAAUUAAUAUACUUAUUAACGUAUUUAUGUUAUAUUUCCCAUUAUCGUUAAUCAAAAAGUCAUAGAUGAUGUUGUGUUUUAAAUAGUACAGUAUGCAAAGUGCUGUGAUAAUACAUGUUAAUUUAACAAAUUGUUAACAAUAUAAUAUUUUACAAAAUGACUUAAAUUUGAAUUCAUUACAAAUGCUUUUAAGAAAAUGCUAUUUUGUGCUUUUGCAGCAUCCUUUUCUAUUGAUUUAAAAUUUUUUACUUAAAAAAUAGAUGAUAAAAACAUAAAGUCACCCUUAGUGUUCGUCCAAAUUAUGUAGUAUUCUAAUUUUUGCUUUUUGCUAUCAAAAUUCCACCCUGUUUCCACAAUUUAAAGCACGAAGCAAAACGGUUUCGGUCUGAAGGUCGAAACGUACUUUACUAGUAAGAUUUAAAUGUGGUUCCCAACACAGAAUUAAAAAAGACAAAACGAUCACAAGGAAAUAACUUCAGUAUUACUCAAUUUUGAAAAUUGUGUAGAUAUAAUUGGUUAAUGUUUUGCUUUCAAAAUGUGUAAUUUCAACUUUUUAUGUAAUCUCUUUAAUAACCGUUGGUAGCUUGUUACUAAUAUUAGAGUAUUACUAAUUUUUGUAUAGUAUUUCUAAAAGUACAAAUCAAACAUUCGCCAUCUGCCAUAAAAAGUUUUAUAAUCCAACUACAUUUGCUUUUUUAGUAAUCAUUCAAAUAACCAAACUGGUGGGUUCUACCAGAAGUAAUAUUUUACGAACUAAUAAUAUAAAGUGUAUAUCAUUUUACGUUCAGUAUUAAUUCUGAUAUUCUUAUUGAAUACAGGUUUACUAAGUUGCAAUAGCCUGAAUUAAAAUUUCUAAAGUAGUUUGUAAAUAAAGUAUUUUUAUUGCAAGCUGUUUUUUAAAUUUCAAUUACUUUUGGAAACACUAUAAUACUACAUAGAUUGUAAAUUUUCGCGGCUUAAUAUUUAUAGCAGUAAAAUUUAUUUCUAACGGAUGGCGAAAACGUCGAGGACAUUUGUCGAUGAAAGGUGCACACACAAAAUAAAAAUGAAACUGAAGAGAACAUUCACAAAUCGCCUACAACACAUAAACAACUAUAAGGUAAAAAUUUAGUAUCGGUUUUUUUAAGAAUACACCGAGUUAAAAAAAUAUAUAAAAUAUUUUUCAGUAUAUCCCUGUGGACAAUCUGAAAAGGCACAAUAUCUUUCUUAUGUGAAGUUUCUUACAUCAAUUGCCUGACGAAACAGUUAUACUUACUGAUUUAGAUUUUUUAUUCAAUAUUAUGUCCUUCUCUUAUCCCAUUUAACAAGGAAAGUACUUUUAAAAGACGGACGAAUCAAAUACGUUAACAAUAAAUAAAUUACCUAAAAUCUCAUCAAAAUAAAGCUAUUUUAUUUUUAAGCCCACAUUGUACAUAAUGUAAAUACAAUUAUGAUUGUAAUACAAUUUAAGAUAGCAUCAUUUCUAGUUCACGAAAAUAUGACAAUACUUAAAUUAACUAGAUGAAAAAGAAUGGGAAUGCAAAUGAAUUCCUUACAGUUAAAAAACCUUAAUGACAACAUACAGACUAAGGUAAAAUAGAAUAUAAUGACAUAUGAUCUGAAGAAACGAUUAUAAACAGGGAGCAAACAACAGGUGAUGUUCUAGUUAAAAAGGGCAUUAUUUUUAAUGUUAUUGAGAUUCUAGGACCUCAUUUGAACACGGUCCAGCACUCACAGAUCCAACGCUAUUUUUUCCCAUGUUGACAAAUAUAAUCAUUGGUAAUAUAAAAAAAAACAAAUGAUAGAAAGAUGAAAGACGAUAAAAACAGCUAAAUUUCAAAUUUUCCUAAAUACCAAGUUUCAAUUUGAUUGAAAAGUGUUUUAGGCAUGUAUUUUCACUGAUUAGAAAGAAGUCGUAUAACAAAAAUAGAUUUUGUUUGGUAGUGAUGUAAUAAGAGCAUCACGUUGGUCAUUCUUGAACUUGAAGGUAUGUAGAUUCCCAUAAAUAUAUUUAAACAAGUUUGAAUUGGACAAAUUUAACAAAUAAUUCUCUAAAAUUAGCUAUAGAAAUAAAUCUGUAGGCUUAAAUCAAAAUCUAAACGAAUAAACCAGUGGGUUUCGUCAAUAUCAGUCCUUUGGGAACACAAAUAUAAAUCAAUAAGUAUGUCAGAUACCGACCAACAUUUUUUUAUCAAAAGCUAUGUCACAUCAUUAUGAAAUUAUCAAAAUUAAUGUCCAGUAAAUAAACCGGGAAUACCUCAUUUAAUCAUCUCUACACACAACUAUACACAUAAAACUGAAAAAAUACAAAAAUCACAGAUUCACUUCACCAAGUUCAUCUACUGGAUUUCUUGUAAAUAAAUAAUACUCAGUCCAUUUUAAAAGAAUCCCAAUAAAUAUAUAUUAUUUUUUAAAAUUAUAAAUAAAUCUAAUAAAAUAAAACAAAAAAUUGCACUGUACAUACUCCAUCUCUAACAUAACUGUACAAAAAUUGGGAAACGUUUUAAAACGAAAAAAUGAUAAAUUUUCUGAAUAAAUAGAGAAUAUUAUUAACAAAUAUUAAGACAUUGGAAUGUCGCAACAAAUUACACCAGAAACAUGUACAAAGGGUUGACAGCAAACCACAAAUACUAUUAUGAUGAAACGAUUAAAUAUAGUCAUUCAGGAUAAAAUAAAUGAUAUAACAUAUAUUCUUAAGUUCAAAAUUAUUGAAAUCAUUAUUGUCGUUAGGAAAUGUGCUUUUUUUUUCUAUUAUAUUAACACAAAAGACGCAUAUACUUGAUACGCACACAAAUUUAAGCAUUAUAUAAGACUGCUCUGUAACACGUACUCCUAACAUGAAAGAUCUUAUAUACAAACUUCAAAUGUAGUCUAGGUUACUGCAAUGUAAAACCUUUGCGGUAGUUGUCAUGCAUCACAUGCCCCUAUCUCGAGUCAUUGACUUUUCACACAAUUUUCCUUAUAGGUCGCCGAGAUCCUCAUACUUUAUAAUAUCAAAUUCUGGUUCCAGUUGUUAUCAUGCCCCACAUCGCACAAAUAAAAGUCAAUUAACUGGUUAUUUAAUCAUCACAUGACAAAACCAGUAACAAAUUUUAAUUCUGCAAAAAAAAUUAUAAGGGCAUUGACUUAAAACUGUAUCUAACAAGUAGUUGCUUCUUUAGUAAUACUCUAUUAAUUUUACCAAUGUUGAAAUGUGCGCUCAUUUUUAUUUUUAGUUGUGACUAAUUCGUUUUAAUACAUUAUAGAAAUAAAUAUGUUUAUUGUUAAGAGUUCAAGGAAUUUAUUUAUCUUUAUAAGUAUUAAAAAAUAAUAAAAAUAAAUGCAAAUGGUUUAAAAAUGUAUGAGAACGACAGAAACAAAAAUGACUUAUUUGGGUUAUACCUAGACAAGUUUUAAUAAUUGCUUCUAUUAAACAAUGAAUUAAAAAGUUUUUGAAUCUUACGACAUACAAUUGGGUUUUUAAGAUCAACACACUUACAAAUAAUAAACAAAGUGUCGCAUAACAAAAAGUUGUUGAAAAACCACCGCCAAUCUCUAAAAUAUGCAAAAUAUGUUAUCGAUAUAACGUAUAAUGGUGGGCUUCCUAAAUAUGCAAACGAUAUGUGUAGGACACUCUAGAAUCAAAGGUGCGUAAAGGCUAUGUAUAUAAACUUUCAGUAUAAUCCGAGUUAAACGGGUAAUAAUUUCAUAAAUUGUCUUUAUGAUCAUUUACAAUGUUUAUAUUGUUGAUAGCAUCAAAAUAAUGAUUAAAUUUGAAAGUCAUCUUUUAACUCACGAUAUAUGAACAUAAAAUUUUCUGAUCCCAUGGUUUAUAUGUGUUCCUAGACCAAGUGAUAUCAUGGUUGUCAGUCACUACAGCACUCUUCUAUAAUGUAGGAUUACAAAUUAUAGUAAAACGAUUUUUUCGCUUGUUUUGUGAGACAUUACUAUUAUAUAAUAUAAUUACCAUGCAUCAAGGGUUAACAUUUUUGAAUUGGGUAAAAUAAUUAACAGAAUUGUACCAUUCGAUAAAAUGUGCUUUUAACCUCAAGAAAUCUCAAUAACAUGGAAAAUUUAUAAUUUUUUUAAAGCUAUGUAGGUUGCGUCAACUCUUUGUAAAAUUUUCAUAAGUUCCACCAUUAUCGUAGUUAAAAUAAUAAAAAGUUUGCAAGAGUAUAAGACUAUCUAUAUUGGCACAUACGUAAUCAGUAAGACAAAAUCUUUUAUUCUGGUAUAUUUUCAGAUCAAAUCUUAACAUGGAUAAAAAGUUAUGAUUCUAAAUUUUUCUUAUGUGUUUAAAAUUUCAGUUUCGCGACAUAUUAAAAAAUCUCAAAACAAUAAAACAUCUUGUCUUUUUUUCUACCCUCUAAAAAAAUCUACAAAAUGUGUAUACUUCGCAUUUUUUUGCUUUUCAACAAUUGUAUAACAUGUAUAUGGCAGUCUUUCUUCACACAAAAACUGCAAAGAUAAUUUUGUAGAAUGUACCAUUACGAAAAUCAUACAAUAUCAAAUCUUAUGUUAAUAUUUAUAUUUUUGGGUAUCACACGAAACGUUAUUCACCAUUUUUAGUCAAGACAUAGAUUAAUCGAAAAAUAUAUUUUUGUUAUUAUUUCCUACUUAUUCGUGUGUCAAUUUGAAAAAAAAAAACGCCAAUAAACAAAUUAGACGAAACUGUAUCUAACCACAAACUAUAUGACACCAGAAGUGACAUCCAGACUUUAUCGAGUCAUUACUUGGUCAAAGGACAAAAUUGUUAAUUUUAGGUUUGUGCAAGCUGAAAAUAAAAUUCCAUUUCUAUACAGCAAAUAAGCUUCCUAUUGCGAAUAUGCUUUUUAAUACCUAAAUGAUUCUUGAGAUAAAUAAGAUAGUUUGCGAUUAUACGAGACAAUGCAUGUCCAUAGUGGUUCUGGCAGGACUCUGUAUGUCUAUUAAAAAACACAGAAAGGAAUAGUACUGAACUUUCGUCUCAUAAAGGUCGAUUCAGACACAUCAGUCCCGACAUAGUCGCGGCGCCGAACCGGUCCUGUUUGGUCACAGAACUAUCAACUAUCUGACAGCUUGGAGUGUGAAUGCCGGUAACAUAUUUGUAUUAAAGAAUAUUUUGUAUGACGGAUUGUUCGGUUCGGCGCAAUCACUGUGACGAGACGUGACUGAUGUGUCUGAAUCGACCUUAAGAGUGUUUCGUUAAGAAAAUAAAAAACACUAUAAAACAGAAACCAAAUGCCGGAUAAAAAGUUAUAUUAAGUGAAGGUGACAAAAAUAUAGUUCGAUGAAUAAAUCACAGGUUCUAUUUUAAAAAACGAAAUAUCAGCAAUAAACAAAAUACAAUCAAAAAUAGAUUUAUUUCUUUACACUGAAAAAUAAAUCAGAAAAUUGUGUGAAAGAGUACAAAAGGAUACCACAACCAACGUACGUGUUGUUUACGUUAAAGAGUUCUAUGAACAGUCUACCCGGUGAAAAUUCGUUCACCCCUAUUUAUCAUAAGGUGUAUAUGUCAUAUAAGUUUUAUUUUAUUAUUCUACGGUGUCAAUAAUUGCUAUGAUGACAAAAUUUCGAGCUUAUAAUUGGCAACAAUCGAGGUAAAGAAUAAUAACAAAAAUAAUUUCUUAUAUAAAUAUUCAAAUAAGGAAAAUUUAAGUAUAUUACAAUAUCAAAUGCCUUCUAGUCAGUCUAGGUCCAUCAAAGUGAAAUAAAUAACUACCUAUAACUACCUAGUCACGUUUUUUUCUUAAAUUAGUCUUUCCUGUAUCCUUCAAUAGAACUUGGUUCGUAUUUGCGAAUUUGAGUAUAUCUUAAAACAAUAGUUUUGUAAAUGCCGCAAAUUAUAGUUAAUAUUAUUUUAAGAUAGUUUUUUUAAUAUAAGGCAUUUGUACAUAAGACACAUAAAACGUGCUAGGAAGUGUUAUAUAAUCCUACUCGUUUAUAUAUUAAACAUCAAUUUCAUUUCUGCCCUGCUUAGUAAAAACAUUCUAUCUGCAAUUUUCAUGUUAUUAUUUUAAAACCGUUUCGUCUUCCUCCGAGUUAUUGUAUUCAUGGAAUGCAAGAUAGAAAAAAGAGUUGAAGAGACGAUCCUAAGAAAUAUGAUGGAACGAGUUGGAUGACAACAGAAGUGGGUAGAGACCAGUGGGAAAACGAGAAAAAAGAUAAACGAAUACAAUAUGAUGAUUCUACCCUGCUGAUCUCUGAAAAAAGAUGUUUAAUAUUUUUCUAAUUCUUCUAUCUGUAGAUAAAGGCUAAAUUCGUUCGUUCAUCUUGUUAAAUUGGUCUGUCUGCAGAUAUUUAGCUUUAAAUACGUAGUCCCUGGAAAAAAGCCAUUUUCUUCUUCGUGUUUCUCAUCCUUUAAGAACAUUGGCGAUUAUCAUGGCCCAUUUUACUCCGUCUGCAGCAGUUCUAAAGGGUUAUAUUGUUGCUUUUCCACUCCACUGCUUAAAAUUUUUCAACCAGGACGUGUGUCGUCUCCUCGGUCCUCUUUUUCCC